AUGGCAAUGGCCAUGAACAAAGAACUUCAGACUCACUUGGGUGAACGCAGCUUUUUGGCAACUGGUCAAGAAUGGGAGAAGGCAGAGGCGUUCAAUUCACCCGUAGGCUUUAAGGUGAUUUCAUGCAACAAACUCAGAUCUGUACUGGAUGUGUUGCGGGAGACGAACUUAGACAUUGUUUUCUCAGAUGCUGACAACGUUUUCAAGAGCGAUCCGUUUUUGCCCUCAUUGAGCUUGGGAAGCAUGAUCCGCUCUGGCAAGUAUGAAUACAUCUAUGGACGCAAAAUAGAACCUGGAGGGCAAAAGAUUCAGAACCUCAAUCCUGAAGUCUAUCAUCAAGAGCCUAUCAAAGCGAAUACUGGCUUCUACUAUGUUGCAGGUGGUAGAAAACAGAACAUUGUUCAGAGAAUAUUUGAAGUCAGUGUGGAGUGGUGUGAUAGACGUCCAUCUUUGGAUGACCAGGAAAACUUUUGGGACGGCCUUGUGGCUACCCGGAAUAAGAAAAGUACAGAGAAAGGGUACGUUGCUUGCUUCCGACACUGUGACAACGACAAGUGCCAGGAUGUCAACGAAUCCAUGGUGCUAAACUACUGUGAUAUGAGUCCGUGGGAGUACAUUUUGGGAUGUUUUUCCACAGAAUCUGCAUUGAAAGAGCCCAGAAUGGUGUCAUAUCAUGCUACCCAUGUCUUUGGUUGGCCAGCGAAGAAAGGGAAACUUCAAAAUGUGAAACUCUGGGCGAACUGCGAUGAGAGUGAAAUCACAGGCGUCAAAGUUACUACGUCUACUCCAUCUACGUCUACGUCCACUCCUUUGCCAACUUCAACCAAUGUGGUUUCUAGUACAGGUGCAGAAAGCGCAGGCGAAACAACCCAAUUGGUUCCUGGCGAGAACGGCGAUUCUCUGACUGUUCGCUUGCGUCGGCAUGCUGGUCUUUACAAAGACAAGAGCUAUGCUCCGGAGUUGAAGAAUGUCUUGCUAUUGACGGCAUCCAACUCUGGUUACUUGGAGAUGCUGACCAACUGGGAAUGUUUUGCCACAAGGCUUGAGCUUGAUUGGAUGGUAAUGGCCAUGAACAAAGAACUUCAGACUCACUUGGGUGAACGCAGCUUUUUGGCAACUGGUCAAGAAUGGGAGAAGGCAGAGGCGUUCAAUUCACCCGUAGGCUUUAAGGUGAUUUCAUGCAACAAACUCAGAUCUGUACUGGAUGUGAUGCGGGAGACGAACUUAGACAUUGUUUUCUCAGAUGCUGACAACGUUUUCAAGAGCGAUCCGUUUUUGCCCUCAUUGAGCUUGGGAAGCAUGAUCCGCUCUGGCAAGUAUGAAUACAUCUAUGGACGCAAAAUAGAACCUGGAGGGCAAAAGAUUCAGAACCUCAAUCCUGAAGUCUAUCAUCAAGAGCCUAUCAAAGCGAAUACUGGCUUCUACUAUGUUGCAGGUGGUAGAAAACAGAACAUUGUUCAGAGAAUAUUUGAAGUCAGUGUGGAGUGGUGUGAUAGACGUCCAUCUUUGGAUGACCAGGAAAACUUUUGGGACGGCCUUGUGGCUACCCGGAAUAAGAAAAGUACAGAGAAAGGGUACGUUGCUUGCUUCCGACACUGUGACAACGACAAGUGCCAGGGUGUCAACGAAUCCAUGGUGCUGAACUACUGUGAUAUGAGUCCGUGGGAGUACAUUUUGGGAUGUUUUUCCACAGAAUCUGCAUUGAAAGAGCCCAGAAUGGUGUCAUAUCAUGCUACCCAUGUCUUUGGUUGGCCAGCGAAGAAAGGGAAACUUCAAAAUGUGAAACUCUGGGCGAACUGCGAUGAGAGUGAAAUCACAGGCGUCAAAGUUACUACGUCUACUCCAUCUACGUCUACGUCCACUCCUUUGCCAACUUCAACCAAUGUGGUUUCUAGUACAGGUGCAGAAAGCGCAGGCGAAACAACCCAAUUGGUUCCUGGCGAGAACGGCGAUUCUCUGACUGUUCGCUUGCGUCGGCAUGCUGGUCUUUACAAAGACAAGAGCUAUGCUCCGGAGUUGAAGAAUGUCUUGCUAUUGACGGCAUCCAACUCUGGUUACUUGGAGAUGCUGACCAACUGGGAAUGUUUUGCCACAAGGCUUGAGCUUGAUUGGAUGGUAAUGGCCAUGAACAAAGAACUUCAGACUCACUUGGGUGAACGCAGCUUUUUGGCAACUGGUCAAGAAUGGGAGAAGGCAGAGGCGUUCAAUUCACCCGUAGGCUUUAAGGUGAUUUCAUGCAACAAACUCAGAUCUGUACUGGAUGUGAUGCGGGAGACGAACUUAGACAUUGUUUUCUCAGAUGCUGACAACGUUUUCAAGAGCGAUCCGUUUUUGCCCUCAUUGAGCUUGGGAAGCAUGAUCCGCUCUGGCAAGUAUGAAUACAUCUAUGGACGCAAAAUAGAACCUGGAGGGCAAAAGAUUCAGAACCUCAAUCCUGAAGUCUAUCAUCAAGAGCCUAUCAAAGCGAAUACUGGCUUCUACUAUGUUGCAGGUGGUAGAAAACAGAACAUUGUUCAGAGAAUAUUUGAAAUCAGUGUGGAGUGGUGUGAUAGACGUCCAUCUUUGGAUGACCAGGAAAACUUUUGGGACGGCCUUGUGGCUACCCGGAAUAAGAAAAGUACAGAGAAAGGGUACGUUGCUUGCUUCCGACACUGUGACAGCGACAAGUGCCAGGGUGUCAACGAAUCCAUGGUGCUGAACUACUGUGAUAUGAGUCCGUGGGAGUACAUUUUGGGAUGUUUUUCCACAGAAUCUGCAUUGAAAGAGCCCAGAAUGGUGUCAUAUCAUGCUACCCAUGUCUUUGGUUGGCCAGCGAAGAAAGGGAAACUUCAAAAUGUGAAACUCUGGGCGAACUGCGAUGAGAGUGAAAUCACAGGCGUCAAAGUUACUACGUCUACUCCAUCUACGUCUACGUCCACUCCUUUGCCAACUUCAACCAAUGUGGUUUCUAGUACAGGUGCAGAAAGCGCAGGCGAAACAACCCAAUUGGUUCCUGGCGAGAACGGCGAUUCUCUGACUGUUCGCUUGCGUCGGCAUGCUGGUCUUUACAAAGACAAGAGCUAUGCUCCGGAGUUGAAGAAUGUCUUGCUAUUGACGGCAUCCAACUCUGGUUACUUGGAGAUGCUGACCAACUGGGAAUGUUUUGCCACAAGGCUUGGGCUUGAUUGGAUGGUAAUGGCCAUGAACAAAGAACUUCAGACUCACUUGGGUGAACGCAGCUUUUUGGCAACUGGUCAAGAAUGGGAGAAGGCAGAGGCGUUCAAUUCACCCGUAGGCUUUAAGGUGAUUUCAUGCAACAAACUCAGAUCUGUACUGGAUGUGAUGCGGGAGACGAACUUAGACAUUGUUUUCUCAGAUGCUGACAACGUUUUCAAGAGCGAUCCGUUUUUGCCCUCAUUGAGCUUGGGAAGCAUGAUCCGCUCUGGCAAGUAUGAAUACAUCUAUGGACGCAAAAUAGAACCUGGAGGGCAAAAGAUUCAGAACCUCAAUCCUGAAGUCUAUCAUCAAGAGCCUAUCAAAGCGAAUACUGGCUUCUACUAUGUUGCAGGUGGUAGAAAACAGAACAUUGUUCAGAGAAUAUUUGAAAUCAGUGUGGAGUGGUGUGAUAGACGUCCAUCUUUGGAUGACCAGGAAAACUUUUGGGACGGCCUUGUGGCUACCCGGAAUAAGAAAAGUACGGAGAAAGGGUACGUUGCUUGCUUCCGACACUGUGACAGCGACAAGUGCCAGGGUGUCAACGAAUCCAUGGUGCUGAACUACUGUGAUAUGAGUCCGUGGGAGUACAUUUUGGGAUGUUUUUCCACAGAAUCUGCAUUGAAAGAGCCCAGAAUGGUGUCAUAUCAUGCUACCCAUGUCUUUGGUUGGCCAGCGAAGAAAGGGAAACUUCAAAAUGUGAAACUCUGGGCAAACUGCGAUGAGAGUGAAAUCACAGGCGUCAGUGCUACCUCUGCGAGUUUAGGAUAA